CCCUCUCCCUCCUCUUCCAGAAUUCUUCCCGCCUCCUCCUGCCAGCUCCAUCCGUUCUUCCACCUCCUACAUUCCUCCCACACAUGUAACAUCUUUUUAUAGAAACCAUGAUAUCAAAAAACAUCGUGCUACACAUUUAAAUCGAACAAUAUAUCUUAUGUAAUCACUGAUACAACAUGUAUUAUCUCGAUGAUAGUGAGAAAUGUUUCUCUCCUCCUAUCUCUGCUUUUUUCAUGAUAAGGAGAGAAACAUCUCCCCUCUCCCAUCAUUGAUGUACAUAUACGUAUGUCCGCAGAGAGCGUUACACGUACAUCCUAUUCAUAACGUUCUAUGCAGUGUCUGACGAAACAUCUCAUUAAUCUGUUAUCUGAUCAUCACGAUGGCUUCGACCUUUGUGCUACUACUGACCACUCUGGUCGUCAUCGGCGUGCUGAAAAUCAUCUCUGUUCUGCGUCGCAAUUAUACUCACUGGAAAAAUAAAGGCCUACCCUACCUGCCAAAUUCGCUGUUUUCUUUCAUAAUGGAGUGGAAGAUGUUUUUGGGCUACAUCACCAUGGUCGAUUAUUCCCGACAUCUAUACAAUUCAUUCUCAAAUGCCAAAUACGUCGGAAUGAUGGACAUUGCCACGCCUUCUGUACUUUUGCGCGAUCCCGAGCUGAUUAAGGACGUCAUGGUGAAGGAUUUUGAACACUUCCAGGAUCAUCAAAUCUUCGUUGACGAAAGCGUAGAGCCUCUCUUUGGCAAGAACGUCUUCGCCUUGCGCGGAAAUCGUUGGAAAGAAAUGAGGAAUACGCUAAGCCCCUCUUUUACUGCUAGCAAAAUGAAGUUUAUGUUCGAUUUGGUGUCAAAAUGUUCUCAUGAUUUCGUCAAUUAUUUGGUCGACCAUCCUGAACUCUGCGAUACGAUCGAAACGAAGGAAGUUUUCAGACGGUACACUAACGACGUCAUUGCUACAGCAGCAUUUGGCAUAAGCGUGAAUUCCAUGAAGGAUCGAGACAAUGAGUUUUAUAUGAGAGGAAUAGAGGCUGCCAACUUUUCUUCUGGAUUCCUAACGACGGUUAAGUUCGUAAUUUUUCGUGUGUGUCCGUGGAUCGCUAAAUUAACAGGUCUGACGUUUUUCCCGUCAGCCACAGCCACAUUUUUCAAGAAGAUCGUAGAGGAAACCGUUAGAGCACGACAAAAGCAAAAUAUUAUCCGACCGGAUAUGAUUCAUUUGCUAAUGCAGGCUCGGGACAAGGACAGUGCCGGUGUAUCCAAAAUGACAUUGGACGACAUGGUUUCGCAAGCUUUUAUUUUCUUCUUGGCUGGUUUCGACACAUCCUCAACUCUCAUGUGUUUCGCCGCUCACGAACUGGCGGUUAACAGAGAGAUUCAAGAACGUCUGUACGAGGAGAUACAGCAGCAUCUUGCCGAGGGGAACGGUGAGAUUUCUUACGAGUCGCUGUCGAAGAUGUCUUACAUGGAUAUGGUAAUUUCUGAAGCUCUCAGAAAGUAUCCACCGGUUGUCUUCAUAGAUAGGCUUUGUACUAAGAAAUACGAAUUGCCUCCGUCACAACCAGGCGGCAAAAGUGUAAUCAUCGAACCUGACAACGCAUUGAUAUUUCCCGUUUAUGCUUUACAUCACGAUCCAGCAUACUUUCCGAACCCGGAUAAAUUCGAUCCCGAAAGAUUCAGCGAGGAGAACAAGGACAAUAUUUUACCAUAUACUUAUCUACCAUUUGGUCACGGGCCUAGAAAGUGUAUCGGCAAUCGAUUUGCUCUUAUGGAGACCAAAAUUCUGCUAGCUCAUCUUUUACAGAAGUUUACUUUGAAAUCUAUCGAAAAGACUGUCGAACCAAUUGUAUAUUCCAAAGAUUUUACAUUGCAACCUGUUAACGGCUUUUGGAUUGGCUUACAGAAGAGAGAAACGUGAAAUAUCUUGUGUAAAACACGUAAUUCUAUGACAUAGUUACAUUCGUAGAAGUAAUAUCGCAUUUUAACUAUCAAAAUAUUCAGAUGCUUUCAAAGAUGAUUGAAAUAUACAAUAAGAUUUAUUUGUGAUGCAUUACAUUAUCAUUUACAAUGUACAAAUGAAAUGAUUAGUUAAUAGAGAUUUUGUUAAUAUAAUAUAUGAAAUGAGGCAAUUGAUAAA